AUGUCUAAAGCGUUCGACUACGAAUGGCAGAGAACGGACUGCGAGAACAAGGGGGCGGAGCUCUCCUUCCUAGGAGCCGAAUUGCAGAAGCAACCAUGGAAGAUGGACCAGGAUAGGAGGACAGAUGGCGGUGAGACUUCUGCCCCCAAUCUUAUGGUGCCCACAGAACUAAGAAUACCAGACUGGAUCGAAGCAUACUAUGGCGACAAAGUGGAUACCUUUGACUGUGACAGCUGCAGGGGCGACACCUUUCCCCCCACCAACUGGUCGGGCCCACAGAAGCCGCAAAUGCACCGACAACUGGACAAGCACCCGUGCGGCUUCUGUCCUCACUCAAGCGAUUCCGCAACGGCUGUCGGCAUCCACGAGAGGACACACACUAACGAGAGGCCCUUCAGUUGCGGUGUUUGCGAGAAAACGUUUGCGCGUAAGGAUUGCUUGACAGCUCACGUUAGAAUUCACACCGGAGAGAAGCCGUUCAAGUGCAACACGUGCAGCAAGGUGUUUACUCUGAAACGCACCUUGGCAGAUCACGAAAGAAUUCAUACAGGAGAGAAGCCGUUCAAGUGCAACACGUGCAGCAAGGCGUUUACUCUGAAAUGCACCUUGGCGGAUCACGAAAGAAUUCAUACAGGAGAGAAGCCAUUCAAGUGCAACACGUGCAGCAGGGCGUUUACUGAGAAAGGCACCUUGGCAGAUCAUGAGAUAACUCACACGGGAGAGAAACCGUACAGGUGCGAGACCUGCGGUAAAGCGUUUACGGCUAAGAGCGGUUUGCACAGUCAUCAAAAGAUACAUCACAAGUGA